GAGCGGAGGACCCCCCCCCCCCCCCCACCCCAAGCCACCACCACCGCCGCUUCUUCUCGGUUCUGCUGCUGGCUCUCCCUCCUUUUCCUUCCCCUCUUCUACCGCCGCCGUACAAAAGCUGUGGAUAGGGAGAGAGAGGGAGCAGCUUGGGGAAGCUGGUGGAGAUAUCGAGCGCAAAAAGCAAUUUGGCGCUGUGUUCGUCGGCUGGAAAGUUCUGUUUUUUUCCGUGUCUCGGGGUUCGUUGGAUUGCUUGGGGUUGAUUCGCUGGGGGUUUGUGUUGCGGGCUCCUGUGCGUGUGGGUGCGGCCAUGGCGGGGAGGCGGUGGUAGUGGUGGCCGUGUGGUUCUUGAUUCCGCGGUGGGUUGUCGGGGAGAAUUGGUGCUCGGGAGUGGGGUGGGGAGGGGGGAUUGGGAAAGGGGAGAGACAGCCGGGGCGGUGAGGUGAUGUAUGGCUCGCCGGUGUCCAAGGAUCUGAACCUGCCGGUGCAGCCGCCGAUGACAUCGUCCGGGCUGCUGCGCUACAGAUCGGCGCCGAGCACGCUGCUCGGCGAGGUCUGCGAGGACUUCCUCCAGCCCGGGCCGCGCGCCGGCAGCCCCGAACACGGCGCCGACAACGUCUUCUCCAGGUUCCUGGCCGACCACCAGAUCAGGGACAAGCCGCCGGCGCCGGCGCCGCAUGCCCCCGCCGCGGCGCACUUCCCGGACGCGGCCGCCAUGGCCUCCCAGCAGCAGCAGAUGAUGUUCCACUCCCAGCAGCAGCAGCAGCAGCAGCAACAGAUGGCCGCCGUGGAGUCCGGGCUCUACCGCACCGUCAGCUCCGGCAUGGAGGCCCCGACCGCCGGCGCCAGCAGCCUGAUCCGGCAGAGCAGCUCCCCCGCCGGGUUCCUCAAUCAUUUGAACAUGGACAACGGGUACGGGGGCAUGCUGCGGGCCGGGAUGGGCGUCGGCUUCAGCAACGGCGCCAGCGCGGCCGCCGCUGCCGACUCCACCUCCGGCGGCGGGGGCGGCAGGCUCAAGGGCCAGCUCAGCUUCUCGUCGCGGCAGGGCUCCCUGAUGUCUCAGAUCUCGGAGAUGGGCAGCGAGGAGCUCGGCGGGAGCAGCCCCGAGGGCGCCGGCGGCGGCAGGGGCUACAUCCCCGGGUACCCGAUGAGCUCCGGGUGGGAGGACUCGUCGUCGCUCAUGUCGGAGAACCUGUCCGGGAUGAAACGCCCGCGGGACCCGUCGGAACCUGGCCAGAGCGGCCUGACGCAGCAGUUCAGCCUGCCCAAGACGUCGUCGGAGAUGGCGGCCAUUGAGAAGUUCCUCCAGUUCCAGGACGCCGUGCCCUGCAAGAUCCGCGCCAAGCGCGGGUGCGCCACGCACCCGCGCAGCAUCGCCGAGCGGGUGCGGAGGACAAAGAUCAGCGAGCGAAUCAGGAAGCUCCAGGAGCUCGUGCCCAACAUGGACAAGCAAACCAACACCUCAGACAUGCUGGAUUUGGCCGUCGACUACAUCAAGGAUCUCCAGCAGCAGGUCAAGGUGCUGAACGAGAGCCGCGCCAGCUGCACCUGCUCGGCGAGCAAGCAGCAGCGGCAGUUCUCCUGCUGAAGCCCCAGGGCGCCUUCACCGUGCAAGACACCUGGAGAGAGGCCUCGGGAGACGUCGUCGUCAUCAUCAUCAUCAUUUGGAUCUUGGGAUUGUUGAUGGGGGUUGCAGAACAGAACCGUAGCUCUCGUUUCUCUGGGUCGUUGGAGUGGAGGCUGCAGAACGGUGAGAGCUUCAGAGCGCCGGGCCGGGGGCUGGAGCGCAGGAGCAGUGGCAUCAUCAAGCAUUCAAGCGUGUGGGAUUGGGAUUGUGGGAGAGGCGUGGGAGGGAGGGGGGAGAAUUGUAUAGUAAUUAGUUUUCGCUGUAACUUUUGCUAUAUAUAUACCGUCCUGCACGCCCAUGUCCAAUUGCAUCGCGCCAUUUCCGUAGAAA